AUGCAUUACUGUCAGAAUGGUAGCCUUACUUUACAUCAGAAAACUCACACAGGGGAGAAGCCAUAUAAAUGCUUGGAGUGUGGGAAGAACUUCAGUCGGAAGUCCCGCCUUACUUUACACCAGAAAAUUCACACAGGGGAGAAGCCAUAUAAAUGCUUGGAGUGUGGAAAAAACUUCGGUCAGAAUGGUAGCCUUACUUUGCACCAGAAAAUUCACACAGGGGAGAAGCCAUAUAAAUGCUUGGAAUGUGGGAAGAACUUCAGUCAGAAGGCCAACCUUUCUUUACACCAGAAAAUUCACACAGGGGAGAAGCCAUAUAAAUGCUUGGAGUGUGGGAAGAGCUUCUUUCGUGGCGGCGACCUCACUAAACAUCAGAGAGUUCACACAGGGGAGAAGCCAUAUAAAUGCUGGCAAUGUGGGAAAAGCUUCAGUCAAAAAGACAACCUUACUAUACAUCAACGUGUUCAUACUGGGGAGAAGCCAUAUGAAUGCUUGGAAUGUGGGAAGAGCUUCAUUUGUAAGAGCAAUCUCAAUAAACAUGUAAGGAUUCACACAGGGGAGAAGCCAUAUAAAUGCAUAGAGUGUGGGAAAAGCUUCAGCCAGAGCAUAUACCUUACUUUACACCAGAAAAUUCACACCGGGGAGAAGCCAUAUACAUGCUUGGAGUGUGGGAAGAACUUCUCCUGGAAGAAAAGCUUUACUUUACACCAGAAAAUUCACACCGGGGAGAAGCCAUAUAAAUGCUUGGAGUGUGGGACGAACUUCAGUCGGAAGUCCCACCUUACUUCACACCAGAAAAUUCACACAGGGGAGAAGCCAUAUAAAUGCUUGGAGUGUGGGAAGAACUUCAGUCGGAAGGACAGCCUUACUUUGCACCAGAAAAUUCACACAGGGGAGAAGCCAUAUAAAUGCUUGGAGUGUGGGAAGAACUUCAGUCAGAAGUACAGCCUUACUUUACACCAGAGAAUUCACACAGGGGAGAAGCCAUAUAAAUGCUUGGAGUGUGGGAAGAACUUCAGUUGCAAGAGCCACCUUACUUCACAUCAACGCAUUCACACUGGGGUGAAGCCAUAA